UCAUACGUUUGUGGUGGACUUGCUGGUGAAUUAGUGCUCACCUCAAAGUCAACACUCUCCUUGGGAGGGCUGGAGAGCAUGUUUGGUUUUUCUCCAAUUGGAACUGGUGGACACGCGCAAAAGGUGUUACACAGUGGUGAAGGUCCGGUCUGGACCGUGCGCUGGAGAGGGGACACCAUCGCUUGGGCGAAUGAUACUGGUGUCCGACUCUAUAGUGUGUCUCGAGGAGAGAAAGUCGGCCAUAUUGUUCGGCCAAGGGACAGCCCUCGCGCAGACCUGUUUCAGUGUACGCUCCAGUGGGCGAGCGACGCGGAGCUGAUCAUUGGCUGGGCAAAUCGUAUUGAAAUUGUUCACAUAUCCACAAGACCCAAGGCUGCUCCUCAGGGAGCGACUGGAAAUGUUGUAUCAGCGGGUGCUGCUGGAAUCGGUGUCCUUGUCCCCACCGUUUCAACCGAAGUUGUGGUCCACAUCGACAAGGUGCUUACAUUGGAAUGUAUGGCUGCUGGUGUAGUUCCAUGGCCCUUCAAAGAAAGCGCAGAAGACACUCACCAGAAGGUGACUACUGAAAGAAUCGCUUUACCAACCUCAGCGACCACAGCACCCAUUCCGACUGCUGGCCCCACAAGCACAUUAUCUCGUCCCACCGAGAAACAGACUCUGGAUAACCAAAAGAGGACAAAUGCGUUUCUCUUACUUGCUUAUCUCCCUUCAUCCAACCUCCUCUCAUCCGAAAGCACAAAUCAAAGGCGGGUCGCCGCAAGCCCACCAGAACUCCAGAUCAUCAAUACAGCCGGCGAAGAGGAGAGUAUGGAUGUACUAGGGAUUAAAGGCUAUGAAAGAUGGAGUUGCUCCGACUAUCGUAUCAUCGAAUCCUUCCAACCACCAUCAACGGGGCCACUACACACGUCUACCUAUAAAACUAGUCUUGCUCACAAAUCUGGUGGUCGCCUAAAAGAGAAAGAUCAUGGAGGGUGGUUAGUCCUCAGCCCUCAAGGUAUCGUGCAUAUUCGCAAGAGAGACCGGCGAGAUAGAGUCAUGUGGCUCGUUGAGCGUGAAAGAUAUGAGGAAGCCCUGGACGAAAUGGAAAAGAUGGAGAAAGAAGGAGACUUUGUUAAGCCACCUCUCG